AUGGUGUUAAAAGAUCCUAAUAAAUUUGAUGGCAUAGAUGUUAACAAAAAGCACCGCCCACGCGCCAGCGGUCGUAAAGCGCAGAAAAAAUGUCCACGAGAGUCAGCAACAGCAAACAAUCCUAAAGCAUUUGCUGUCCAACACACAACUAAAGCAUCACGCCUAGUCCAACGUACGCUUGAUCAUCAGACUAAAAGACAUCAUUUAUUACAAUCCAAAUAUGUUUCGGCUGUUUCUCCACCAUAUAUAGUUGCAAUCGUCGGACCUCCGAAAUCAGGCAAAAGCACUCUUCUCCGUGGACUAAUAAAACACUUUGCACACCUAUCAGUUGGUGUUAUUAAAGGUCCGGUGACUGUAGUAGUCGGUAAAAAGGAAAGAUUUACUUUCAUUGAGUGUGGGUGUGAAAUCAACAGUAUGUUAGAUGCUGCGAAGAUCGCUGAUGUCGUUUUGUUACUCGUUAAUGUCCGUGCAGGACUGGAAAUGUAUCAUUUUGAAUUCAUCAAUAUGAUACAAGCUCAUGGAAUGCCGAGAGUUGUUCCUGUUUUGAAUCACUUAGAUACAUUUAAGGAUUCUAGCUCUUCUCGUGCACUUCGAAGAAAAAUUAAACAUCGCUUAUGGACCGAUCUUAACUCCAAAAUAUUUCUCCUCUCACGUUUUCAAGCAAAAAAGUUUCCCUCUCAUACACCAGAUAAACAAAAUGCAGGCGACACUCCAGGCGAUUAUUUGCUAAAUGAAGUCAGACGUUUGGCUCGGUUAAUAAUGGUCAAAACGCCUCGCCCUUCAGAUUGGCGUAGCUCUCAUCCUUACUUACUAAUUGAUCGAAUAGAAGAUGUAACGGACAACAAAACGUCCAACAACAUGAAUAAUGACCGUUGUAUAAGUUUGUACGGGUGGGUUCGUGGUGCCCCCUUACCACCAGCAUUGACAUCUCCUGGGAUACACAUUGCAGGACUUGGUGAUUUUGCUUUAGUUGAAUGCACUCAACAGCCUGAUCCCUGCCCAUUACCGGGUAUGUUCACUCAUUCCAACGGUACUGAUCCUGUGAAAACAACAAGACAUUUGUCUGAACGUGAUCGAAAAAUAUAUGCUCCAAUGUCGAGUCUCGGUGGUGUUCUGUUCGACCGGGAUGCGACAUAUAUUGAUCUUGGAGGCAGUCACUAUCUAACUAAUCGUAAAUCUCGACAUGGAAAUAAUCAAACACAAAAUGUUAGUCAGUCUAUGUUAGAUGAAUUACAUGCAACUUUCAAUGAAGUUGGUGGGUUGGAUGAGCGAUUAAAUAAAACACAUAAGGUUCGUAUGGUCAGCAAUGCACCAUUUCUGUCUGCAGAAGAAAUAGCGGAUAAUCAUGAUGGUUUUCAUAAUCUAAACAAUUCGAUGAAUGAUGUUACAAUGGAAGAAUCAAAUGAUAUGAACACUGACAAGUGUACUGAUGAAAUACGUGUAUUUUCAGAAGAGCCUAUUGCAGGAUUUCUUGUCCCGGCUGGAUUUCAGGAAAAUGGAAACGUCCAAAAGAAGAACCAAGAUCCGUCAGUGUCGAAAAGUGCACAUAUGCAAGUAAAACAAAUUUUAGAUGAUAUUGAAUGGAAAUCCACAACCGUAUCCUUAGUCAACUGGAACCGUAUUGUUUAUGGUAUAAAUAAUGAUGCGAAUGAAAAUCCCCUUAAAAGUUCUAACCAACCAAUCAUUGGAGAUCAUGAUUUUACUCUUUGUUCAAUUCACAAAUCAACUGUAUUAUCAUGGGAGGAUUCAUCAUCUCAUAAUUUAAUUCGUAAUCUAUUUACCACUGGUCAUUGGGGUGAGAAUGAAGAUGCUCGAACACUAUUGGAAAAAGAUGCUAAAGCACGAGAAGAAUUAAAAAUGAAUGAGGCUAAAAAAUAUGCUGCCGCAUCUGGUAGUCGUGUACAGCAUACUUACCAUGGAAAGCAAUCAUUUUAUGAUAAUGAUUCAGAUGAUUUUGAAGGAAUGGAAAACAAUUCCGAUAACAGUGGUGAUGAUGAUGACGACGAUGUUAAUGAUAGUGAAUCGAAUAAUGAUGAAGAUGUUUAUAAUCAGGAGUCAGACGAUGAAAAUAUUUUCCAUGAUUCAAACUCUGAGGACGAAAAUAAUCCAAGUAACAAUAAAGGUAUUGCAUCAAAGGACUUGGCAAAUUUGGAAAGUGAAUACGAUAAGAAUCUACUACGACCAACUAAACGACAGAAAUUAUUAGAGAAAAGACAACGUCAUAAAGCUUUAUUUAACCAACUCUAUGAGGAAGCUGGUGGUGGUCCUGAAGCUACCGCAUUCUAUGAUAAACUUGUUGCUACACGUGAAGCACAACAAGCAUUAAAUAGAGAAGUUUUAAAAAGUUUACCUGAAGAAGUUGUUAAUCGUUUAGAAGGUUUUCCACCUGGAGUUUAUGUUCGAAUUGAAAUUAGAGGUGUUCCACAACAAUUUCUGACACGAUUUGAUCCCUGUCAACCAUUAGUUGCUGGUGGCUUAUCCAGUGCUGAAGAAGCUUUCGGUUAUUUACAAAUUCGUUUUCGUACACAUCGUUGGCUUAAACGUGUUCUCCGUUCAAAUGAUCCAUUAACAGUAUCAAUUGGUUGGAGACGAUAUCAAACUGUUACAGUAUUUUCACAAGAAGAGCAUAAUUUACGUAAACGUUUCCUAAAAUAUUCACUACCACAUGAACAUUGUCUAGCAACUAUUUAUGGUCCAUUAGUACCACCAAAAACUGGAGUAAUUGCUUUUGUGAAUUCUUCUUGGCAGUCAAUUGAUGAUCCAAAAAAUCCACAUUUACCAGCUUUUCGUGUCGCUGGUACUGGCAGUGUUAUUGAUACUAAUCAAUCAUUUCAAAUCAUGAAAAAAUUGAAAUUAAUUGGUGAACCAUUCAAAAUUUUUUCAAAAACCGCAUUUAUUCGCGGUAUGUUUAAUAGUCCUUUAGAAGUGAGUAAAAUGAUUGGUUGUCGUAUACAAACUGCUUCGAAAAUACGAGGUUUAGUUAAAGCUGCAUUAACUAAUCCAUCAACAUCGAAACCUGGUGAUUUUCGUGCUACAUUUGAAGCACAAAUUAGGAAAGCUGAUAUAGUUUUCUUGAGAACAUUUUUCGCUGUUGAACUGCCCAAAUAUUAUAAUCCAGUUCUUAAUAGACUUUUACCUAUUGUUGGAGAAAAAGAUACAACUACUACAGGUUGGCGCUUACUUCGUACAUUAGGUGAACUUAAAUGGGAAGCUGGUAUCAAAACAGAAAGUAAUCCAGAUUCACAGUAUAAACCUAUAAAUCGUCCAGUACACAUUACAGCACCUUUACGUAUACCAACCAAACUGGCCGCAGCACUUCCAUUUGCGUAUAAACCUAAGCCAUCACGUAAAGAAGCAUUAGCUAUGCUUGGUGGAGAUCCUGUAAAAGCUGCUUUAAAUGCUGAAAUACCUGCUCCAGUUAAAACUGCUGAUGAAAUGGAAUCUGAAUCAAGACAAGAAUUAAUUAUGCGCCUACGUCAAUUACACUCAGAUUUUAUGCAACGUCAAAAAGAGAAAAUGAUUAAUCGUGUAACAAAACACAAGAAACAAUUAGCUAAAGAAAAUGCCAUUAAAGCUGCUAAUGAACGUAAAAGACGAAAACAAUAUUUUGCUCGUAGAUCAUCCCGUGGCGGUAAACGUUCUCGUCGAUCAAAUGGUGAAGACUAAGCAAAU